CGGUCCUGGGCUGGGGCUGUGAGUAAAAGGCCAAGGGGAGAAAGCACCGCCAGGACCGCACUGAGGGCUCUCCUUUGAAUAUGCUCUCGGGCCCUGCGAGGGUAAAGGCCUUCCCCAUCUGAUGUCUCCAGCAGGCUGUGCUUGUAGCCCCCGUAGCAUCCCUAGCGGGUCUGAGCCCAGCUGCAAGCUUUGGCUGGCUCCUGGCCCAGGGGUCUCUUUUCUGGCCAUGCCCUACAUCAGAUCGGGUUUGAAGUCACCUUUCUUGAAGAGGGUUACCAGCACUAUAGCCAGAAUUCCAGCGCUGAGAAGUGGAUCCACCCUCAGGCUCUCAUUUCCUGGCACUGGUGAUCUUCCCGACUAUUCAGGAAUGGAGAAACUGGUUGCUCGUCCAUACAAAAGGCCAAAUGCUCUUUGUAGGCUGAUUUGCUUUCCGUGGGCUGGAGGUGGAACUUCUCAAUUUGCUCAAUGGGGCAAACUCUUCAGCAGCUCAAUUGAAGUGUCUUCCAUAAGGCUUCCUGGAAGAGAAUCUCGUGUUAAGGAGCCUUUUGCAAAAGACGUGACAACCAUAGUUAAUGAAAUUACAAGUGUUUUGUUAAAGGAAUUUCAAGAAAAACCAUUUGCAUUUUUUGGUCACAGUUUUGGAUCUUAUAUUAGUUUUGCAGUUGCACUACACUUGAAAGAGCAGUAUGGACUAGAGCCCAUCCAUCUUUUUGUAUCAGGGGCACAUGCUCCACAUUCUGAAGCACUUCUUCCCAUCAAAAGCAUAUCCAUAUGUGAUGCAGCAGAUGAAGACGUUCUUACACAUCUACAAAUUUUAGGAGGCACUCCUUCUGAGUUUCUGCAACAUGAAGACAUUAAGAAACAUCUGAUCCUUACUUUCAAAGAAGACCUUAGAGUUCUUCAGACAUUUUCUUUUGAGAAGGCAGAAAGGAAUAUCCCCUUCUCUUGUGAUAUUACCUGCUUUAAUGGGUCUGAAGACAAACCACAUGAUCUAGAAGCCUGGCACGAUCUAACGAGUGGCGAUAUUUCCUUUUACAAGCUUCCUGGAGGUCACUUUUAUCUGCUGGAACCCUCUAAUGAAAUUUUCUUGACAAAACAUAUAACAAGAUGUAUAGAAAAUGCUGGUCUUUGAGUACUUCCCUCUACUUUAAUGGCAGAAGGUGUAAGAUUUGUCCACAGCACUUCAUAAUAAGCCACUGUUUCUGUACAAUUGCAUGCAGUUAUGCCUAAAAAUUUUUCUGUUCCUCUAGAUGUUUACUGUAAUCCUUUUAAAGGGGGAGUUUUUCUGAUUUUUUUUUAAAAUAAACAUUGUUGUUGGGACUUUAAAAAGUUUUCAUUUUUUCCCCUCUUAUCAUCUUUGCAUGUGCACAAACCCUU